UUUUUUUUUUUCAGAAAAGAGCUGUUAUAGUUACACUUGGGAUGCACUUGUAUGCAUCUGUUUUAUGACAUUUUGGCAUAUUUUUUGGUGACCUGUAACCUGUGACCUGUGACCUGUGAAAGAAACCUGCCGUAUCCAUGAGGCUCCUGGAUAAUCUGGGAGAGGUUUCACCGUCUGUGAACGGUGACAUUAAUAAGUGAAGGGGCUCCCGACAAGCGCGAAAAAAAUAAAAUAGGGCGAGCCUGAGCCUGGCGGGGCGGGAUUUUUCUCUCUACAGACCACUUUCGGCUAUCUCUGCCCCCUGUUUUUUCCUUCCCCUAUAACACAAUCGGGAGCCUGUUCACAAGCUAAGUUGGCAGAGGUUUUGCAUACGAAUUGAAAAGACGUCUACGCCACCUUUACCAUGCCACCCCUUCGGGAUAGUACAUUCUGUUUCGCUUUACAUGACAAGGAGACUAGAAUAAAAAUGGCGGGCUUCGAUCAAGCGACAACAUGAGCGACGAUGUAAACAUGGUAAAUAAGCUUAAUUAUGGCUGACAAAGAUAACGAUUGGACUAUACCAAGCAGUGAUGGCGAAGAAGAUAGUUCUGAGGCCUCGCAAAGUCAGGGGGAAGGAAAAUGGGAAAUUCCUUUAAAGGUUUUGCUACUUUACAGCGAAAUCGAGAAAAACGGCUUUAUAGAACUAAAAGUGAAAGAGUGUAGAAGCGGUGAAACGGUAAAAAAGCAAGAAAUUCCAAAAGAGAGCGAUGCAACCAAGGAAAACGCUAGUUCAGAACCUACUGGAAGUGAUGAAACCGUACCUCAAAACCUAGACAAGGAAAAGACCCUUGAACCAUCAGCUUUUGAUUAUACAGAGGAAUCCAUUGAUGAAACUUCACAUAUUACAAGAAAAAUUCCUAAGACUGAACGGUUACAAAGAAAAAGAGUAGGGACAUUAGAGAAUGUUAUUUCUGACUUGAAAAGGUUCAGAGACAUGGAUAAUAAAGAAUCUGUAGAUCCUGAGAACAAAACGACCACUAAACCAGUGGAAGUUGAUGCUGCAACAAAAGAGGAAUCAACAGCACUAUAAAAUGACCAGAGAACUAGCAGUUAAAACAAUGUAAAUGAUUAAUAAUUACACUGCCAUGGGGCCGGGUUGUUGAAAGCCUGAGUAAACUAACCCAGGAUCAGCAAGAAUUUUUGAUUUCAGUUUUGCAACUUUUCGGUUUAUAUUGUUUGU